CAAUUGGACGCUACAACAGGAAAAUCCCACUUCUUGGCAAGGAGGAUCCUCCUGAGAUAGCCCCUGUGAGCUCAUACGAUCCUUGCCAAUCUUUGUCAUUUUCCCGAAAUUCCAUCUCAAGAAAACACUUGUAUUUUAUUGCUUUUCUUUCUCAAACCAUCCGAGUUUUAAGGGAAACCAUUAGUUGGGUGUUGAAUAUUUGCGAUUCUAAAGUGGGUCUGUGUCGAUUAGUGCAGAAAGUUAAAUCUUUUGGAUAAACUUGGAUUUAUGAUCCUGAAGUCGGUUUGUGUCGAUUAGUGAAACAAGAUAGGAUUCUUAGGAGAUACGUUUCUGGAUAAACAGUCAAUUUCUUAAUCAAUCGUGUAUAGAACCUAUAAUUGUAAUUAAUUUUCUUAGUCUUUUAGGUACAGAAUUUUCCAAUCUAUUGUUGAAAAGCUGGUAAACAUUCUGAAGAAUACCGUAUCUUCAAUCAUAUGUUAUUUUUGUGAAAGCGAUUUGUUGUUUGGUUGUUGUUAGUUUGGUAAAAAACAAAGUACCUGUGUGCAAAUAGAAGCAACAAAUCAUGUCGUCAUCCGUCGUUUAAUUAGGUUUCAUAAUUCUAGCUAAAGAAAACUCACCAAAAAAUAUUGAUUUGAUGUGGGUCAUUGUUGUUGUUCUACCAAAUAUAAGAAAGACAUUGAAAUUGAAACCCUUUUCAUUGUUUCUUUGUGGGAUUUGAUUUUCUUAAAGAAAAAGUCAUGAGAUUUUUGAGUCUUGUGGGCAAUUCCUUUGGAUGCUCAGCCUCUGGAGAGCGUCUUGUUUCAGCUGCUAGAGAUGGUGAUAUUCAAGAAGCCAAAGCCUUAUUGGAAUAUAACCCUAGACUUGCAAAAUAUUCCACUUUUGGGGGACGAAAUUCACCCCUUCAUCACUCUGCAGCUCAAGGUCACCAUGAGAUCGUUUCGCUUUUGAUUGAGUCAGGGGUUGAUAUUGAUCUCAGGAAUCAUCGCGGGCAGACUGCUUUGAUGCAAGCUUGUCAAUAUGGUCAUUGGGAAGUUAUGUUGACCCUCGUUCUUUUCAAAGCCAACAUCCACAAGAAGGAUGAUUUAAACGGAGGUACUGCAUUGCAUUUGGCUGCUCUCAAUGGACAUUCACGUUGCAUUAGGAUCCUCCUUGUGGAUUAUAUCCCUAGCAUUCCUGAUUUUUAUAAACUUAUAAAGAAAAGAUCAAGAAGAAUCGAUGAAUUUGUCUCUACAUCCAAUGAAGGAAACUCCCUCUAUGAGAUAAUCAAUAGACCUGCUGAUGGAGGCUUGACUGCUCUUCAUAUGGCUGCACUAAAUGGGCAUGUUGAUAGCUUGCAUUUACUCCUUGAUUUGGGAGCGUCUGUGAAUAAGGUCACCGUGGAAGAUGGCACUACAAUCGACUUAAUAGGUGCUGGAAGCACACCCCUUCAUUAUGCUGCAUAUGGUGGAAAUCCACAAUGUUGUCAAAUUCUGAUAGCCAGGGGUGCCAAUAUAACUGCUAGAAAUGCAAAAGGGUGGAAUCCCUUAGCGGUUGCUCGUUCAUGGCAUAGAGAUUGGCUGGAGGAAGUUCUUAGCACACCGCCACAAGACGGACCAACUACUCUACUUUCUCCAUACUUGUGCCGCCCACUUAUAAGCGUCGUCAAAAUUGCUCGAGAAUGUGGAUGGAGCGAUGAUUCGCCUUUGAAUUCUGCCGAUCCUUGUGCCGUUUGUUUGGAAAACAAGUGCACCGUUGCAGCAUCAGGUUGUUUGCAUGAACUAUGCACUCGAUGUGCUUUAUAUCUCUGUUCCACAAGCAACACCUCAAGCUCACCCAAUGGACCACCGGGCUCAAUCCCCUGCCCACUCUGCCGUGCCGGAAUCGUGUCAUUCAAGAAGCUCGCAAGCACUAAACCACCCCUCCAAACGUCGAAAUCAAGCUCAUCCCUUUCAUGCUGCUCGUGUUCUUCAAUGGCGGGUGGCAGCAAUAGAACCGCACUAGAAACAACUCCCUUAUGCAAACCCAAACUCUCUUCCCGUUCUUUGAGAUCCCAAAAGUUCCCAUCGUUCAAACUCAAGACGAAUUUGUGCAUGCAAGGUUUAGACACAAUCCCAUCACUAAUUAGGCGGUCCACAGAGCGACCGAGCUUGCGGGCUCAGCUGGCCAAGUACUCGAGAUCGAGUUUUCGGUGGUCGAAUUCACAUUCCAAAAGCAGAAGAUCAUGGUUUUGUUCUUUGAACCCAUCAGUAGAAACUCCCAGCUAGUGGUGAUUACUGAAAGCAGAGACAUUGGCAUCGAAUUUGAAGAUCUUUACCCUUCUAAAUUUCACUUUUUUUGGCUUGAUUUUGUUUAAUUGCUAAUGGUGCUUUUGUAUAUACACCAUUUUCCCACAAACGAUCUCCCCUGUAUUGUUUUGUCAAUAUUAAAGCUGGUGUCUGUAUUUUAUAAAUAAAUUAAAUUGUCGGAGUUGAAUGUAAUUCUUUGUCU